UUAGACAGAACAAGGGACCAAUGCUCCCCUCCCUCUUCUCUCCCAUCAAAUUUCUUCCCACGCAACGUUGCGUUGCUCGCCCCCAGUCGAAACUAGAUCCAAUAACAACGGCAAAAGGACUCACAAUUUACAGGAAUUUCACUGUAAAUCGUACAAUUUGGUCCAUGGAUGAGGAGAAACUGCUGUCGGUUAGUAGGAAGCAAGCGACGGAGCGAAUUUGCUUAGUAUCAUGCUUUUCUACUGAAUUGCUCGAGAUUCACUCAGAAGAACCCAGAAUGCAUAUCGUUUUUGUCCCAGGGAACCCAGGUGUUAUUUCAUUUUAUAAAGACUUUGUCGAAUCAUUGUAUGAGCUGCUGGAUGGCAAUGCGUCGAUAACAGCAAUUUGCCACAUUGCCCACACAAGAAAGGAUUGGGAGCGUGGAAGGAUGUUUUCACUUCAAGAUCAAAUCAAUCAUAAGGUGGAUUUUAUCAAACAAGAGCUCCAAACUAAUGGACCUCCUCUAAUACUGGUUGGACAUUCUAUUGGCUCAUACAUAUGUAUCGAAGUAUUUAAGAGACUUCCUCAGCAGGUCAGAUUUGCUAUUGGGUUAUACCCUUUUUUGCUUACUGUUGAUUCCCCAAAACUGUCCAGAAUUGCGAAGUUAGCAAGGUCAUCUUUUUUAAGUGCUUCCUUCAGUUAUUUUGUUUCUUUGUUGGGCUUCUUUCCUGCCUGGCUUUCACGUGCUCUUGUAAAAAGAACUAUCGGGCAGUCAUUAUCUUCUACGGCAAUUGAUGCUACAUGCAGUCACCUUCUGCAGUACCAUACUUGGCGCAAUGUUCUUUUCAUGGCUAUGACAGAGUUCGCAGAGCUUUCAGAAGAGUUGGACUGGGCAUUCAUGAAAAAGCAGCAGGACCAGAUUGCAUUUUUGUAUGGUAUCGACGACUAUUGGGCCCCAUUGUCAGUGUUGGAAGAGAUUUCAAGGCAGGUCCCUGCAAUUGAACUGUCAAUUGAAAAGGAGGGCCACACUCAUUCGUUUUGCUGCACUGAGGCUGGAUCAGUAUGGGUGGCUCAAUUUGUAGCAAACUUGAUUGCAAAUCGAGUUCCAAAUUGAACCGAUAUUGGCUGGGUUUUGUGCUUUUCCACUGGAUUACCCUCUCAUGCUUAGAUUCCGUGCCUGCAAUGAUUCCAGAGCUGAAGAUCAGAGAAAAACUUACCUAAACCUUUUCUAUGUAUUGGAGGUCAGCGAUCUUGUUUGAUUCAUUUCAUUGGUUGAUAAACUAUUUUUUUAGAAGGUUCAACAGUUUAAUGCGUGUUUUUCCAUGCAAUUAUUAUUGCCCUGUUUGUCUAAGGAACAUGAUCAAACUUAAUUAUUACCUGCUACUAUCCACAUGCAUUCUUUAGCAUAAUCAACGAAUGCAAGCUAGUUCACCUCAGCACAAAUAUAUA